AUGAAGCUCGGGUGGCUGGAAGCCACCGUCCUCACGGCCGCCACGGUCGCCAAUGCUAAGGACCUCGCAUACUCCCCUCCCUACUACCCAUCCCCAUGGGCUACCGGCGAAGGCGAGUGGGCCGAGGCCUAUCGGCGGGCCGUGGAUUUCGUCUCUAAUUUGACUCUGGCGGAGAAGGUGAAUUUGACAACCGGUGCUGGAUGGGAACAAGAACACUGUGUCGGUGAGACCGGUGGUAUCCCCAGACUUGGAAUGUGGGGAAUGUGCAUGCAAGAUUCACCCCUCGGUAUUCGUGACUCCGACUAUAACUCGGGUUUCCCGGCCGGUGUCAAUGUGGCCGCCACCUGGGAUAAGCGACUUGCCUACCAACGUGGUGUGGCAAUGGGCGAAGAGCACCGUGACAAGGGUGUUGAUGUUCAGCUUGGACCGGUCGCAGGCCCCCUGGGCAAAUAUCCCGACAGUGGCCGUGUCUGGGAAGGAUUUUCGCCCGAUCCUGUUCUGACUGGUGUGAUGAUGGCCGAGACCAUCAAGGGUAUCCAAGAUGCUGGUGUCAUUGCUUGCGCCAAGCACUUUAUCGGCAAUGAGCAGGAGCACUUCCGCCAGGCCGGUGAGGCUCAGGGAUAUGGAUACAACAUCACCGAGAGUGUCAGCUCCAACAUCGAUGACAAGACCAUGCACGAGCUCUACCUCUGGCCCUUUGUCGACUCGGUCCGUGCCGGCGUCGGCUCCGUCAUGUGCUCGUACAACCAAAUCAACAACAGCUACGGUUGCUCCAACAGCUACACCCUGAACAAGUUGCUUAAGGGCGAGCUUGGUUUCCAGGGCUUCGUUAUGAGUGACUGGGGUGCGCACCACAGUGGUGUUGGCGAUGCCCUGGCUGGUAUGGAUAUGUCGAUGCCCGGUGAUGUGGUUCUGGGCAGCCCUUACUCGUUCUGGGGUACCAACUUGACCGUCUCUGUGCUCAACAGCACCAUCCCCGAGUGGCGUCUGGAUGAUAUGGCCGUUCGUAUUAUGGCUGCCUACUACAAGGUUGGCCGUGACCGUGUCCGUACUCCUCCUAACUUCAGCUCCUGGACUCGUGAUGAGUAUGGCUUUGAGCACUACAUUGUGAGCGAGAACUACGUGAAGCUCAACCAGCGUGUCAACGUCCAGCGCGAUCACGCCAAUGUCAUUCGCAAGAUUGGCUCUGACAGCACUGUCUUGCUUAAGAACAACGGUGGCCUACCUCUUACUCACCAGGAGCGCCUGGUUGCUGUUCUGGGAGAGGAUGCUGGCUCUAAUGCCUAUGGUGCCAACGGCUGCAGUGACCGUGGUUGUGACAACGGUACCCUAGCAAUGGGCUGGGGCAGUGGAACGGCCAACUUCCCGUACCUGAUCACUCCCGAGCAGGCCAUCCAGAAUGAGGUUCUGAACUACGGCAAUGGCCAGACCAACGUCUUUGCCGUCACGGAUAACGGGGCCCUCGACCAGAUGGCUUCCGUUGCCUCUACUGCUAGUGUCGCCCUGGUCUUUGUCAACGCCGACUCGGGCGAGGGCUACAUCAACGUUGAUGGCAACAUGGGUGACCGCAAGAACAUGACUUUGUGGAAGAACGGCGAGGAGGUCAUUAAGACCGCUACUGCCAACUGCAACAACACCAUCGUGAUCAUGCACACCCCUGGCUCCGUUCUUGUUGGAGACUGGUACGACAAUGAGAACAUCACUGCCAUCGUCUGGGCCGGUCUUCCUGGCCAAGAGAGUGGUCGCAGCUUGGUUGAUGUCCUCUACGGCCGCAUCAACCCCGGUGGCAAGACACCCUUCACCUGGGGCAAGGAGCGCAAGGACUACGGUGCUGCCAUUCUGACCGUGGCCAACAACGGCAAUGGUGCUCCCCAGGAUGACUUCACCGAGGGCAAUCUGAUUGACUACCGCCGCUUCGACAAGGACGAUGUGGAGCCGAUCUUCGAGUUUGGCUUCGGUCUGAGUUACACCAAGUUUGAGUUUUCCGAUCUGAAGGUCAAGGAGCUGAGCGCCGACAAGUACAGCGCAACCACUGGCAAGACCAAGCACGCCCCCGUCCUUGGUAAGGCUGGCAAGGCCUCGGACAACCUCUUCCCCAGCGGUAUCAACCGUGUUCGCCAAUACCUCUACCCCUGGUUGAACUCGACCAACCUGAAGGAUUCGGCCGCCGACCCUCACUAUGGUAUGGAUGCGAAGGAUUACAUUCCUGACGGCGCUACCGACGGCACCCCCCAGGAGCUCUUGCCUGCUAGCGGCCCCUCGGGUGGCAAUGCUGGUCUCUUUGAGGAUCUCAUCCAGGUCACUGCCACUAUCACCAACACCGGCUCGGUCGCAGGUGACGAGGUUCCUCAGCUUUACGUCUCCCUUGGUGGUGAGGAUGACCCCGUCCGAGUCCUCCGUGCCUUUGACCGUGUCACCAUCGGCGCUGGCCAGGAGAUCCAGUGGACUACUACUUUGACCCGCCGUGACCUGUCCAACUGGGAUGUGGCCUCGCAGAACUGGGUCAUCAGCAGCGCCCAGAAGAAGGUGUACGUUGGUAACUCGUCACGCAAGCUGCCUCUCUCGGCCGACUUGCCUAGCGUGCAGUAA